UUGUUGUUGUUGUUCUUCUAUUGCGUCCCUCAUGACUCGGUUGACCUAAAAGAAGGUAAAGUUUCUCUGGUCUGAUUUCUGCGAGAAGAGUUUUCAGGAGUUAAAGACUAGACUCACUUUUGCUCCUGUGUUGAUCUUGCCUGAUGGUGUAGAUGGUUUUAUGGUAUAUUGUGAUGCUUUGAGAGUGGGUUUGGGUUGUGUGUUGAUGUAAAAGGGGAAAGUUAUAGCCUACGCUUCUAGGCAGUUGAAAUCUUAUGAGAAGAACUACCCGACCUAUGACUUAGAGUUGGCUGCUGUAGUGUUUACUUUAAAAAUCUGGAGACAUUAUUUGUAUGGUGUGCAUGUAGAUAUUUUUAAUGAUCAUAAAAUCUUACAGUAUGUGUUUACCCAAAAGAGUUGAACCUUAGGUAGAUGAGGUAGUUAGAAUUGCUAAAAGACUAUAAUAUGAGCAUGUUGUAUCAUUCGGGCAAGGCCAAUAUAGUGGCAGAUGCCCUUAGCAGGGUGUCCAUGGGUAGCGUUUCGCAUGUUUAGGAAGGUAAGUAAGAGUUGGCUCGUGAUGUGCACCGUUUAGUUAGGAUGGGUGUCAGGCUGCUUGAUUCUGCUGAGGGGAGUAUGUUGGUUCAGAGUAGUUCAGAAUCAUCCUUAGUUUUGGAAGUAAAGGAGAAACAGGACUUAGAUGCUAGCUUGGUCAGAUUGAAAGAGUUAGUCAAGGACCAAAGAGUAGAGGUUUUGUCCCAAGGAAGAGAUGGUGUGUUAAGGCUGCAGGGUAGGUUGUGUGUUCCGAAUGUUAAUGAUCUAAGGUAGAGAAUCAUGGCUGAAGAGCAUGGUGCGCGGUAUUCUAUUCAUCCCAGUGCUACCAAGAUGUACCAUGACUUACGGGAAAUCUAUUGGUGGAGUGGUAUGAAGAAAGAUAUAGCUAAGUUUGUGGCGAAGUGUGCAACAUGUCAGCAGGUUAACGUUGAGCACCAAAAACUUGGUGAUGUGAUGCAAGAGUUUGGUAUUCCUACUUAGAAGUGGGAAGAGAUUAAUAUAGAUUUCGUGACUGGUCUACCUCUUUCCCGAUGCCAUCACAAUUCUAUUUGGGUUGUUGUUGAUAGGCUGACUAAGUCAGCACAUUUCUUGCCCGUGCACAUAUCCUAUUCGGAUGAGGACUAUGCAAGACUGUAUAUUUGGGAGUUAGUCAGGAUGCAUGGAGUUCCCUUGUCUAUCAUUUUGGAUAGGGGUACUCAGUUCACUUCUCAGUUUUGGAGGGCAUUUCAGAAGGGUCUGGGUACCCAGGUUCAUUUAAGUUCCGCGUUCCACCCGCAUACGGAUGGUCAGGACGAGAGGACCAUCCAGACUUUGGAGGAUAUGUUGAGAGCGUGUGCUCUCAACUUUAGAAGUAGUUGGAAUGAGAAUUUGCCACUAAUUGAGUUCACGUAUAACAACAGUUAUCAUUCUAGCAUCCAGAUGGCACCAUUUGAGGCUUUGUAUGGUAGAGGGUAUAGAUCACCCAUAGGUUAUUUCGAGGUUGGUGAGGCUACUAUAACUGGACCUGAUACAGUAUUUGAGGUAAUAGAGAAAGUAAAGUUGAUUAGAGAGAGGUUGAAGAUAGCUUAGAGUCGCCAAAAGUCAUAUGCAGAUGUGAGGCGUAGAGACUUGGAGUUUGAAGUGGAUGAUCUGGUGUACCUAAAAAUUUCACCCAUGAAGGGGGUGAAGAGUUUUGGGAAGAAAGGAAAGCUUAGUCCCUGCUACGUCGGUCCUUAUAGGAUCCUGAAUCGUGUAAGAAGAGUGGCUUAUGAGAUUGAGUUACCUGCAGAGUUGUGAGCUGUUCACCCUGUCUUUCAUGUUUCCAUGCUUAGGAAACACGUUGGUGAUUGUGUUGUUGUAAAUCCUUCGGAAAGCCCUAAUGUUCAUGACAGUCUUUCGUUUGAUGAGGUUCCUAUUGAGAUUCUAGAUCACCAAGUCCGGAGGCUAAGGAACAAAGAAGUUUCCUUGGUCAAAGUGUUGUGGCGGAACCAAUCUGUUGAGGGCGCUACUUGGGAAGCUGAGGCUGAUAUGCGAACCAAGUACCCGCACCUCUUCUCCGCAAAUCCCGAUUAAGCCAAAGGUUUAGGUGCUCAGUCCCAGGCUCGAUAGUGAUUCCCGAGCACAUUGAUCUACAUCUUCUGCAGUGAAGAAUGUUUUGACUUUUUUGUUCAAGAUACCUACAUGAUGGUGUGAAGACAUAAUUUAGUAGGUAUGAAAUGAAGGAACAAGCUGAGGAUGGUGAAUGCAUUCAAAAUAUGUCGCCUAUAUUCCCUAAGAUAGGUCAUCCGAUUGGACGUGAGAAGAAAAAAGAUUCCACUUUUUUGAUGGAUUCACAAUUACGUUAUGAAGCACAUCAGUAUGCCCUAUUCAACACCGGAGAUGAGCAAGUGAAAAAGUUUAUUGAGGAACAUAAGAAUUUAAUGAGUAAUGCUACUAGAUCAAAUGCUUUGUCAAGAGCAAGGAAUCAUAGUCAGGAAUUCAGCAAUUGGUUUGAAGAGAAAGUUAAAAAUGUUGAAAUGCCCGAUUAUUUAUUAAGGUUGGCUAAAGGGCCUAAUUGGGUGGCCAAGAGAUAUACUGCAUAUUGGGUUAAUGGAUACCGAUUUCAUACUAAAGCUCAAGAUACUCCAUGCAAGACUCAAAAUAGUGGAGUGACUUUAUCAGCAACAACUGAUAGUUUUGCUAGUGCUAGGGACCAAAAUCCCAUUAAUGGAGAAGUUAUCUAUUAUGGAGUUAUUCAUGAUGUCAUUGAGAUUGAUUAUUAUGGUUGUUUUAGUGUUGUUUUGUUUGGAUGUGAUUGGUUUUAUAACGAAGUAGAUGAAUACGGGUUAACUCAUAUAUACCUCAACAGAUUAUGUAGUACAGAUGACCCUUUUGUAUUGGCAUCGCAAGUUCAUCAAGUUUUUUAUGUGGAGGAUCCAAUUGAAAAAGGGGUUUACUAUUUAAGGAAUAAAGUUCCUAUUGAUGUGUAUGAUUUAGUGGAAAAGAAUUCUCCAAAUAUUGGAGAAACAUUUUGGAGGGAGCCUAAUGAUGAAAUUGGUUCCUUAAGUAGAUUGAAUAAUGCUGACAUAAGGUGGUCAAGAGACGAUGUACCCAUUAAUAUUGUUCAUAUGUCUUCUAAUGCACAAGAUUUAAAAGAUACAACUAAAGAAAUAUUGGAUGAGGAGGAUGAGAUUGAUGAUACUGAUUGGGAUUGGAUGGAGGCAGAUGAUUAAAGGAGUAAUUUUGAAUUUUCUUACUUUUGUAAUAUUUUUUGUCAAGUUUUUAUUAUUUUGAUUUGAUCAAAGCUAGUGGAUUAGAGUGUAGAAACUUCACUAUUGAUAGAUUUGCGGACCACACAAGAUUUACGUUAUUGACUCUUUGGAUUGAGAGAGAAUCGCAAAGGCAAAACAAGAGUUUCAGUUUUGAAUAGUCAUGAAUCAAAAAAGGCGUCCAACAAAAACCGAAAAACUUACAAGCGCAAGAUAUGUUUUAGCUGGAUCACUUACAACGUAAAAGAAUUCACUACAAGGAACCAAAAAAACUGUUCAAAAUACAUAUUCAAAAUACGAAAAGUAACAAUGUCCAUCAGAAGGAUCUCAAGUGCAAGAACAAGUGCAAUUGUAUUCUACCCCUCUUGUUGUACAGGAUCUACUAGAAAAAGUGAAGCAAGUGCCACUAAAUUCUUCCUCUUUUGCAGCACAAGAAGUAGAAAAACAAGUGCAGCAAUUGCUUCUUGGUUCUACCUCUACUAUCGCACAAGAAGCACAAAAACACUUGCAGAAAAUGGUGCUAUGUUCUAGCUUUUCUACAACACAAGCAAAUCCAUAAAAUGGAUAGCAGCAGUCACUACGUUCUGCCUGUUCUGCAAAAGCAACAGUUCUAAAAAUUGGGCAGCAAGUGUUAUUGCAUUCUACCUCUUCAACAACAAAAUCAAUUUCAAAAGAUGGGCAGCAAAAGACAUUGCAUUCUACCACUAGAAGAUAGGCAGGAAGUGCCACUGGAUACUACCAUUCAUGAUACAAAUGAAUCGUCCGCAGUACAAGGUCCAACUGAAAAGAAAAAAGAGACAGAAUACAGAUGCAAAGAGUACAUGGGAGGAAAGAACUUAGAUUGAUUGUUUUAAAUGAGCACAACCAACCAAUUGGUCCUACUGUAGGAGUUGUACAAGAGUUGAAUAGUUUUCUUAGCACACUGGCAAGGAAUUCGACCUUUUGCCAUCUCACUGUUAAGACUUGAAAGAAAGUGAACACAAAAAAGGACAUGUGAAAAUAUAUCAAGGUUUAAAGUUUCAUACUUAA